AGCUCAGGCAGCUGACAGGCAGACAGUCGUUUGAAAACUCCACAAACUCUGACACGGUUCUUUUACUGAGAUGGAAAAUCAAAAGAGACCGAGAGAUCCACUGGAGGAAAACCCUUCAACUUGUAGUGAACUUGCAAAUGUGUUGAAGAAAAGGCGGUUGGCAGGGGGAGAUGAGAACCUGGACCCCACCAAAUCCCCUGCCAGGACACGCUUGAGAUUGGCAGAGCUAGAGGUGAAACCAGACACUCCAGCCAUAUCCUCCAUCCGUUCCAGGGUCCAGCAACUCAGCCAGAGACGAGAUGGUGGGACUGGGUUAGUCCAACGCUGCCUGUCUGACCCUGGGUCUGAGGGUUGCAUCGAUGGCUUGACAUCUGCGGUCUGUCACAUUGGUGAAGGAGAGUUUAGCUCUCGCCUACAGCGCUUCAAAGCUCCAACGCCUCUGAACAGCCCUGUUCGCUCCUCCCCCUGCACACGCAAUCUCUCCAGCUUUGUGCAUGGGAUCCAACAGCAGUUGAACGAUGCAGUGACACCCAGCAGUAAAGAGGCCUCCCGUAUCCGCCAGGCACGCAAGGAUGAGUUGCGUUUAUUGAAGGUUCAGCCAGUGGCAGAGAACAUGUGGUUGAAGAGGAGUUUGUCUGACUCUUCCCUCACUGAGAGGGCAUCUCCAUCUACAUCCUCUCCCUGGGUUUACAGGAAAACUCGAAAACUCCAGUGGCCUCCAUUACAGCCCGGGAGUGAAGAUCUAAAGGGAACUGAAUUCAGCUCCUGUGAAGGUGACAGUAAGGUAUUUGAUGGAAGUCUGAAUGUGGACAUCCGUUUCCCCAAUGAAGAAUUUUACACUUCAACAGAAUCUGGGACUUUGAACAACUCCGCCCUAAUUGACAAGAUGUUUGAGGAUGUCCUACAGCAUGCAGAAAAGGAAGAUAAAGGUGAAGAAGAGGAAAAGGAAGGAAAUAAGAAAGAGGAGGUGGAGAAAGAUGAGAGCAAUUCAUCACAGACUGAAAAGGAAGACAAAACAGAACCAGACACAAUUAAAAUGGAAAACAAACCAGAACCAGUCACAGUCACCUUAAAUGAGGAGCCUCUUGACCACAGUGAGAUGUGUGAAGACCGUGUAGAAACUCCUGAAGCCAGUUUUUCAAUGGAUGAAGGGAAGGAGGCCCAGUCUAUUGACUGUAGUGAAGGAGAAAUAGAGGGGAAACAGGAGAUCGCCCCCAUGGAUGCUGAAGAUGACUUUCUUACACUGCCGCCCAGCUGUAUCCUCUCUCCUCUCAGCAAAUCUGUGGAAGCUGUUGUUACACCACUGAAGAUUGCAAUCACUGUGUCUGAGGCAUCAGUCCAACCACCCUCCCCUGAAGAAGUAACAGAUAUUCCUGCUGAAAAUGUUCAACCUUUAUACAGCAUUGACGCCUACCGCUUACAGAGGAAGAUUCACCAACCCUCUACUCAGAGCUUGACCCCUGGAGUUCAGAAGCAGGUUCAAGAGAAGACAUGCUCAAAAAAGCCCAUCAACAUCAAGGAGAGAAUUAAGGCUUUAAAUGAGGAGGCAGCAAAGUUGCAGACCAUCAUCACACAGACUCUGCAAGCUCUGAGCUGCUGCAGUGACGAGGAACACGGGAAGGGUUCCCAGCAGGAGGCUGAGGCUGAGAAACUUUUGCUUGUCUCCAGUGAGAAGCGAGCAGCUUUACUGGCAGAGGUCAGCCGGCUGAGAGAGGGUGAGUCUGUAGAACCAGAGUCCCAGAAUGCAACUCUUCAGCCCUGCAGGGGAACUGUCAGCAUCAGCAGCAUCCAGCUGCCCCUCAAGGUGGAGUUUGUGUGCUCUGCUCGCGCAGGCCGUCCAACGCACUACUUCUUCGUUUUGAUCCGUUAUGGCCCAUGUAACAUUGUCGCGACACCUUUGGCUACAGCUGUUGAUGCCCAAAAUGGAGACACCAUCUCCUUCCCGACUUCCAUCACACUACAAGACAUCCGUUCCAGUUUUGAGAUUGAUGUUGAGGUUUACAGUUUGUCCAAUACUCAGAGUAAUACCAGCAGUGUUAAUGCUCAGCAGUUUCGCAGCUCUACAAAGUCAAGGGUGACACCCAAGAAGAUUCUCCACAGCAUCACAAAAUCUAACCAGAGUGUGACGUCUGCUACUCUGCCUGGUCUGAGUGCCCAACGCUCUAGUAACUUUACAUUAGUGGGCUCUCACAAGAUCACCUUGAAUUCAUUGGGACAGAGCAAGUUUACUCUGGACAAGGUUCCCUUCCUCUCUCCUCUAGAGGGCCACAUCUAUCUGCGACUGCACAGUGAGGGCCACUCUAAUGUCAAGCAUCAGAGCUUUUUGACCAUGUUUGAGGAUGUGAGUGGCUUUGGAGCCUGGCAGAGGUUCUACUUCAUUCUGGAAGGGGGACACCUGCUUUACUGGAACAACCCCAAUGAGAUGGGUGACAAGCCAGCAGAUGGCAGUCUCUCUCUCUUUGGCUUCUGCAAUGUCAGGCCUGUGGAGCGAGAGUCCUGCGCACGGCCACACACCUUUGAGUUGGUAGAGACUAACACCCUUCAGCAAGAAGACAGCCAGACCUUGAAGAAGUGCUGGUUUUCAGCAGACACACGAGAGGAGAGGUCUGAGUGGAUGGAGAAACUAAAUCAAACCUUACUGGACUUUCUUACCUGGAACAGGAAGCCUGUUUCUAUUGAUAAUCGGGCCAGCACAUCCUCUAACACUGGGACCUCUCGUGAGAGCAUUCUGUAACACAACACAAAUGUGACACCUCUCCAUGUAACACUAAGAAAGGAGAUCUUUGAGAAUAUCAUAUGUGGCGCACAAAGAGCUUCUGAGAAUAAACUCAAAAGCCAAACAGGACUUUUUUACGUAAUAGUGUAUCAUAUUGUACAUGUACUUGUGUAUGUUCUACUGCUUUAUUAGAUGCAUACAGAAUAGUGGCAUGAUCUAUCAGUACUUUUAGAUUCUCUAAGGAUGGAUAGAUUUUCCACAUUGCCAUCAAUUUUCAGAUAACCCAUGUAGUAAGAGCAGUGCAGUUAAUAUAUACGAGGAAAGUCUCUUGAGUGCCUAUAUGAAUGUUUAUUUAUCUCCUGCCUUAUUGACAAUUGCCCAUUAUUGAAUGAAAGUUUUACAUUUUAAUGCAAUAAUCUGUUCCAGUUUAUGCUUUUGUGAGGGUGUCCUUAAUUACACUAAACAAUAUAGCUAUGUUUAUGGCAUUAGUUAGAAAGCACAUCUUGGCUGCCUCUGACUAAAGCUUUUUAUGUUUUUGCUUUUUCAUUUACUCUGGGAACAAUUUAUAUGACUGUCAUACUGCAGUCGUCAUCUAGAAGGGAGAAUAGUUUUUAUUUGAAUGUACAAUACAAGUACGUUGUGAAUCGUAUAGCUUAUGAUUUUUCUGGAAGGAUGUUUUCAUAGUAUGCCUCCAUAUGACUUGAUUUUGAAAAACAUUGGCAGUUGUAUACCUCAAAAAAUGAUUUUGGGAAUACAUGACCAUGCAUUAUAUAUAAUGAGGUGUACAUUAUAUUUCAGGAGACAGUCUAGCCAGCAUAAACUAAGCAAUUGAGUUUAUACUCUAAUCUGAUGGUCAUAUGGGGUACUUGGGUUCAAAUCUGGAAUGUGCAAGAGUAAGAAUAACACUACAGAGCUGUCUGUCUGAAAUGCCUUAUUAUAAUUUACCAUGCUUGCAGGGGGAGAGAGCAAGGUAUGACCAUGUGAUCUUUUUGUGGUUUAUUUGAAGCUUCUGAUUGUCUUGAGAAUGAAGAGUUGACACUCUAGGGACUCUGAGACUCUUAGGAAAUGUUUCUGUGCUAUGUAUGUCCAAUAUAUGUGUUUUUUCCAAGGGGCUCUCAUGCUAUUGCUGUGUUAAACUAUAUAAAGCUAUAUGAAAUAUCCUGGUAAAGGUGUUGUAAAAUAAAAAUGGCUGUUAAAGCCUCAAAUAUU